CAGUUGACACGAAUCUUGAAGAAUCACGAAACAAAUUUAUAUCAAGUAAACUUAUAACUAAUUUGAUUAUACAUCCAUCUAAUAACUAUAGAAUUUAAUAAUGUCUGAGAAAGUUAAUAUAGAAAUUGAACUUCCGGGAGAAAUCAACGCAACAACUGAGAAAAAGGGUUUUCAAAAGUAUGUGUAUGAUAUGGAACUAUUAUUCCAACAUGUUCGUAGUGGGGCAGCACCCGCAUUGGUUAUGGGGGUCCUGGCCAAUCGAAGGCCAUGGACACAAUUUGUGGCCACAGAAAAUUUUAAGUCACCACCAUCUAUACCGAGACUAUCCAGAAGAUUCUAUCGGAAUGUCGAGUACUUUCAAGCAAACUACUUAAUUGUGUUUCUGGGGUUGUUUGCAUACUGUUUAAUCACAUCUCCACUUCUUCUCAUUGCGAUGGUUGCUAGCUUCUUCGGCUAUAAGAAACUAACUGCUGGUCCAAACACUUGGAAGAUUGGCGGAUGGGAACUGAGUAAGACCCAGCAGUACACAGUCGCAGCAGGUUGCUCCAUGGUUGUCAUGUGGCUGGCAGGCGCAGGAGCAGUUCUUUUCUGGGUCCUAGGUGCGACAGUGACAGUAGUAGCUCUGCACGCCAGCUUGUUUGAUGCAGAGACGUUACCGCCUUCAGAUCCUGAUUCGUUUCCGCUGAUCGAGCAAGUGUGACGUCACGAACUGCCGAUAUAACUUACUAUUGGCUACUUGACUGUUUUUCCAAAAGGGUUAUAUAAUCUACAAUUAUUUAUUAGGUACCGCUCACAUCAUUUUUUUAGCGAGUAAAUAUUUAAAUUUAUAAAAUAAUAUAUUUCUUAAUAAAUUUUAAUGUUUCGCGCAGUCAUUGAUGAAGGCACAUUAUAACAAGCAACAAAAUACUGUUCUAUACGGUACUAAGAAAAGAAAACGGAUGUUUGAUAUAAUGUGACGUCACGCACAACGGACAAGAUGGUCGUCGCGUUUAGGUUAUUUAAGUAAACAGAUAAAUAAUCCCAAACUACUUACACAAUUUUUAAAAUACUUGUAAGUUUUGCUAAAGAAAUAUUUUAAAACUAGCUGAUACCCACGACUUCGUCCGCGUACACAUGACUGACGGAGUGCUAUUAGAAAUCGUUGUUUCUUAAAACUUUAAUCAUUUUAUAUGAAAUUAUUAUAUCGCAAUAUUUUUUUAAGGUAAGGGCCAAGUGUUUAAGAAAUAAAAAUAAGAAGACUUAAUUGAAAUCUAUUCAGUAGUUUUUCCGUGAUGCGAGCGCAAAUGAACCGUGAACCUCUAUAAGUCGUGCCAAUAAAGAAAAUGAAUGAAUUUGGAUAACCUUCAUAGCGGGAAUUAAAUAACCGCACAAAUAUUGUCGAUGUGGCUUAUUUUGACAAUCGAGGCAUAGCUUAUACAAAAGAUUCCAUCUAUUCCUCAUCAUUUAUUUUUACAAUCUUUUCUCGUGAUGGACACCUUACUUUGUUUUGUGAGAGCAUCUUGAUUAUUAUCAUAUUGAUCUACAUUUGUUUCAGCCAGGCGUUGUUUUAUUAUAUUCUACUUUUUUUAUGAUAAUAAGGGACGAGACGAGCAGGACGUUCAGCUGAUGGUAAUUGAUACGCCCUGCCCAUUACAAUGCAGUGCCGCUAAGGAUUCUUGAAAAACUCAAAAAUUCUGAUCGGCACUACAAUUGCACUCGGCACCUUAAGACAUAAGAUGUUAAGUCUCAUUUGCCCAGUAAUUUGCGCCGUUGUGGUACCCAUAAUCUAGCCGGCAUCCUGUGCAAAGGAGUUCCGUUCGAUUUAAGUCGCUAUUGUAUGUUGGCAAUCACAAGACCACACAAUUUUUCGGAGAACGGUUUGUUGUUAAAAAGAGUCCAGUUUUGUCCAAUCUUCCUCAAAAAUAAAUUUGUGUUCUUUCAUCCAUUCUAUAAUUUCAUUUUUAUGCAUCCACUUUUUUUAUUUCAUUUGUUGGAGCUAUGUGUGUAUGCAUUGCAUUGCGUCCACUACGUGUGUGUGCGAGUAUAGAAUCCGAUAUGAUGUGAAAAGGAUAGCAAUAUCUAUUAAUAUUUUCCUUAUAGGCACGACUAAUAUAUCAAUUUAUUUAAAAAGAUUAUUGUUUAGUUAUUUAAGGUAACAUCUUAUACCAUUUAAUAUUUUAUUGUAACAACUAUCAAGUAGUCAAUUGCACAAGAUAACACUUAAGUGGGGAUACUUAAAUAAUAUCUGGAUUUUAAUAAUAAUAUAUCUUUUAAUAAUGUUUAUAGUACUAACUUAUAAUUAAUUUAUUAAUAUAUAUUAUACUGUGUGUAAAUAAAAUUAUUUUUAGUUGAA